AGGCUCCUCUCUCUGUUCUUGACCCUAAAAAAGAUCUCCAUCUCUUUCUAUGUCUCUCUCUUUUGGACACCUUUUCUCUUUGAUAUUCUUGUGGCGGUGGUGGUUUGUGUAGGAGAGAGAGGGGAAGAGGGAGGGAGGGAGGGAGAGAGCGGGGGAGGAAGAACGGGAACCCAAAUUUGCAGAAAUAUUCUGCGGUUUGCAGAUGACUUGAUUGGGAAUGGGGAAGAGAGGGAGUUGGAUUGUUGCAGUGAAGAAAGCUCUCACUUCUGAUCCCGAGAAGAAACAGAGCAAUGGUGGAUCAAACAGAAAAUGGUUUGGGAGAAACACGAGCCUCGAUUCAGCCUCUUCACCUGCCGAGAUUGCCGUGCCUGUUCCAGAAAUUCCUCCCACACAGGACGAAAAACUUGUAGAAGACGAUAAUGAGCAGAGCAAGCAUGCUUGUUCUAUUGCAAAUGUAAAAUCUGCAAUUGAUGAACAUGAGCACUGCAAGUAUGCCUGUUCUAUUGCUGAUGUAAAAUUUACAGAAGAUGAAAAAUAUGCCUGUUCUAUUGCUGAUGCAAAAUUUGCAGAAGAUGAAAAUGAGCACUGCAAGCAUGGUUGUUCCAUUUUUUAUGCAAAAUCUACAUCCAAUAAAAAUGAGGAGGGCAAGGAUGUUGAUUAUGUUGCCAAUUCAGAAUCUAAAGUAGAUGAAAAUGAUCAGAGCAAGUAUGCUUGUUACAUAGCAGACAUGAAAUCCAUGGAUGAUGAAAAUGACAAGAGCAAGCAUACUUAUCCUGUUGCCAAUGUGGAACCUACAAUAGAUGAAAGUGGGGGGAGUAGUCAUGCUUAUUCUGUUGCCAAUGUGGAACCUAUGGUAGAUGAAAAUGGGGAGGGCAAGCUUGCUUAUCUUGUUGCCAAUGCAGAAUCUACAGAAGGAGAAAAAGAGCAGACCAGGCAUGUUUAUCCUGUUACCAAUGUAGAAUCUAGGGUGGAUGACAAUGAGCAAGGCAAGCAUGGCUUUUGUGACGUCGAUGUAAAAUCUAAAGAAGAUGAAAAUGAGUUGAACAAGCAUGAUUUUUCUAUUGGUGAUGCAAACUCAAUAGAAGAUGAAAAUGAGCAGAUCGAGCCUGCUUGUUCUCUUGUCUUGGCUACUGGCGUAGCUGCAGAGACAGCAGUUGCUUGUGGUCAGACAGAUGCAGAGGUUGUUCGAGUCAUAACAGUAGCUAGUUACUCGGGUAAAUCAAAGGAGGAAUCAGCAGCAAUCAAGAUUCAGGCAGUAUUCCAAGGAUAUUUGGCAAGGAAGAAAGUGAGGCUCUUGAGAGGGCUGGCAAGGUUGAAGUCUUUGACACAGGGGCACUCCGUCAAACGUCAGGCUGCAAAUGCCUUGCGAUGCAUGCAAAAUCUAACCCGUGUGCAGUCCCAGAUUCGUGCCAGGAGGAUCAGAAUGUCAGAGGAGAACCAGGCUCUCCAGCGACAGAUCCAACAGAAACAUGAGAAAGAGCUUGAGAAGUCAAGAGAACCUUUGGGAGGAACUUGGAAUGAUAGCACACAAUCUAAGGAGCAGAUCAAAGCUAAGCUACAGCACAGGAAGGAGGCUGCCAUGAGAAGGGAAAAGGCGCUGGCAUAUGCAUCCCUAAGCCAGAAAGCACAGAAGAAGAAUUCGAAAUCUGCAAAUCCUCCAGUAAUGGACAUAAACAGUUCCCAAUGGGGAUGGAGCUGGUUAGAUCGAUGGAUGGAUGCCCGUCCAUGGGAAAAUACAGCCGAAGACAACACAGAAUUUAACACUAGAAACCCUACCAUAUCUUCGGGCGGACUCAAAAGGGCUAAUUCUCUUCAUGAACUCAACCUCGGCAACAAACUCUCUCCAAAAUCGCCAAAACCGAACUGCAUUCCGGCCCGGAAAUCAGCUUCCGCUCCCCGCUCCAAGGCGCCAUCUCCGAUCGCUAAAAAAACAAGGUCGCCGAGCUCCAGGGGUACUGUUUCUAGCGGAGAAGAUGAAGCGAGGAGCAACCGUAGUUCGCGGUCCGAUCAGCUCAGGAGGCACAGCGUUGCCGGUUUAUCGGUGGGAAACGGCGAGAGCCCAGUAAAUUCACCUUCAGUAAAAGGCAAAUCGAAGCAGCCAGGCCAAUUGGGCAGUGGAACGCCGGAAAAGGGAUCGGCUAAGAAGCGGUUCUCCUUUCCAUCUCCUCCGGUGGCCGGAACGAGGAGGCACUCUGGUCCGGCUAAGUUGGCGGUUGGCUCUGCGAAGGAUAUCAAUGUGAGUUCGUAAGAGGACGCUAAUAACGGAGGGAGAAAGUAUUUUGUGUUUUCGGGCAGCAUCGGAAUUGAUAGUUAUUAUUUUUAAAUAUUGUAUUAUUACUGAAACAUCUCAAUAUAUUAUAUUGAUUUGAAAUAUUCAAAAUUUUAUUAAUAUAAUGCUCAAAAGCACAAAAUAUUUUCUUUGAUGAAAAGAA